AUGAUGUGGUGGGCUCUUUGGUGCACCGUGGUGGUGGCUGGUGGUGUUGGAGUAGCAGCAGCGCCCGCAUCCGAUGCUCUAUCGCCCCUUGAUAUGGUUCAAAUGGAUUCUCCCACACCCGACGACGAAAGCCUCGGCUAUGUGUCUCCGAUGGGCGGGCGCUACGGCGCUGCCUCACCCUGGCUGUACCUUCUCGCUGAAGUGCCCCGCGACUCACAGAGUGCAAGCGGGCGGGUGAAGCGACGCAUGCCAUCCCUGUCCAUCGACCUGCCGAUGUCUGUACUCCGCCAGAAGCUCAGCCUCGAGAAGGAGAGGAAGACACAGGCACUCCGCGCUGCAGCCAACAGGAACUUCUUGAACGACAUCGGCAAACGAGGCUUCCAGUGGACUCCGGCGGUGCAACAAGUCAGAUACUUCUAA